AUGGCCUCGGAACGUUGCACAGACUCGCACACGUGCACGUGCGAGCCGUGCGGCGGCGCGUUUGUGCGCCUCGCGGGCGCUGGAGGGCCCGGUCAAGGUGUCACACGCCACCAGGGUUGGUUGAGCAAGGGCGGCCGCGCCGAUGAGUUCAAUGUUCGGGAUUCGCGCGGCAGCGCCGCGUCGGGAGUCACUGCGCAAGAGCGGUGCGAGCGAAAACGCGACGCGGGACUCCCACAUGCUGCCUGGCGCGACGGUGAUGCAGCACAUCAUGGUGUGCGUGCAGCGGUCCAGCGCGAGACCGCGCCAUCUGGGCGAGACAGGCUCUUGGGGCUGUACGCGCGCAAGCCCGCGCCCCAAAAGCACGCUGGAGGCGCAGCAGCCUGA